AUGGCAUCGCCUCAGCUUGCGAUUGCCAAGGUGUCGUUCUCUGCUGUUCUACUUCGUCCCGAUCCUGUUUCCUGCUCGCGCGCCGACAUCGACGACUUCCUUGGCCAGCUCGACGCGACCCUUCUGCGGUGCUCUCCAGCCAACGUUCAGAAAAGCAAGCAAUGGAUACUGCAUCAUGUAGUGCAGUCACCAAAGCGAAUUGCUGCACUGGGAAAAUAUCUUACCGCCCUGGCCAGCUCCUUCAAUGUCGACCUCGCAGCUAGCAGAAAGGCUCGGGAGCCUUCAUCGAAACGGAAGCGACUGCACAUUUUGUUUCUCUUGAGUGAUGUGCUAUACCAUGUCUGUGUCAAGCAGAGAGAAGGCAGCUUUUCUACCCAACUAGAAUCUUUUCUGCCGUCGCUGGUCCAGAGCGCUGCUGCAUUUGCAAAUUGCCCGAAGCACGCCAAGAAGAUAUCCGACCUCAUCGACCUGUGGAACGAGGAGAAAUACUUUUCGUCUACAUUCAUCCACAAGCUGCAAAACACUGCUCGGGAUGCGCCCAACUCAGAUCAUGGGUCAACUCAACAUGGUGACACUGACAGUGCUCCAGCGCCCGGCACGAAGCUCUCCAAGGAUGUCCCAUACGUCAUGCCUGCCAUGCACGGAGAUGCGAAUGUCCCGUGGUACGACCUGCCUGCUGCCAACUGGCUUCCCGUUAUUGAGCCAAACUCGACACGACCAAUGAAUCCGUCCAUGAUCAAACCGCUCCAGCUAGUGCCGGGACCUGCAGACAAGAGUUUGGUUCAAGCUGUGCAAAGUCUGUUAGCCGACGUGGAUCGUAUAUAUGCCAAAGACUCGUCUUUUGGUGACCACCCAUCUGACGACUUGGAUAUGCUGGGCCAACGAUUUGUUCUUGAUGGAGCAACAGGCCAUAUGGUCGGAGGCCAGACGUAUUAUGGAUGGUCACGCGAUUUCUGUCAAAAGAUGAAGCAACGUCGAAAGAAGAAGACCAAUUGCUCAGAGGGCGAUGACCGUGGACGAAGCCUCUCCCGAUCGGCGUCUCGGAGCAUCAGUCGCAGCCUCUCACGGCCUGCUUUCAAGAGGCAGCGGGCUCCAGACUCCCGUAGCCGCAGUAGGACCCAGAGUAGAGAUCGCAGUCGCCGACGCAGCUUUAGUAGAGAUCGCUACCGGCGACGCUCAUUCAGUAGAUCGCGGUCUUCAUCUGUACGAAGGCCUCGUCGAUACUCGCGUUCACGCUCACGUUCACAAGACUACGGCCCACCGCCUAAUCCAGGUCCGCCUCGGGACCAUAACAAGCCCGAUUACAAUGGCCAUCAUCAAAAUUCUUCCAAUUUGACUCCCCAACCGCCGUUUCCUGCCCCAAACUUCCCGUUUGGUGUCAGUCCUCCCCCUCCGCCGCCCAACUGGCAAGGCCCUUGGCCUCCCCCUCCCCCUCCACAAAUGGCGGGAGCAAACUGGAUGUCAAGCAUGUCUAUGCCCAUCCCACCACCUGCGCAUGCUGGAUGGGCUCCAGCGCCUCCACCACCGCCUCCAUCGGUAUCGCCACUCGAUCACCAGCAAGGCUAUAAUCAAUUCCAGCAAGGGCAUCAUGGCUCUCGUGGAGAUUACAGAGGCGGACGGGGUGGCUAUCGGGGGAAUCGCGGUGGUUGGUAA